GGAUUUCUUUUGCACAGACUUCUGGGAAAUGUAGUCCGUGCGACUGUGACAUCACAGGGAGCCUUCCAGGAAAUCCUAAUCCGGGUUUUGUUCUGUGGAAGUGCGUCUUCCUCAAAGUUGGGCGCAAGUCCUGCCCUGCUGGAUCUCCUGCUGCGUGUCUGACUUGGAGGAAAUGCUGUCGUUCUGGGACGUGGCCAUUGAUUUCUCUCCAGAAGAGUGGGAAUGUCUGGAGCCUGCUCAGUGGAAUCUGUAUAGGGAUGUGAUGUUGGAGAAUUACAGCCACCUUGAUUUCCUGGGUCUUGCUGUCUCUAAGCCAUUCCUGGUGACAUUUCUGGAGCAAAGACAAGGACCUUGGGAUGUGAAGAUACAAACAGAAGCCCCUGUGCUUCCAGGAAUGAUACCCAAUGAUUGUAACAAUUAUAGCAAGGCCACUGAUUAUAAAUCACUCCUUAUUCAACACCAGAGAAUUCAUACAGGGGAGAAACCAUACAAAUGUGAAGAAUGUGGUAAGGCCCUUAGUUCUCAUAAAGCACUUUCCAUACACCAGAGACUUCACACUGGAGAAAAACCCUAUCAGUGUAAAGAAUGUCAUAAGGCCUUCAAUACACGAUCAUCACUUUUCAUACACCAGAAAAAUCAUACUGAUGAAAAAAUAUACAAGUGUGAAGAAUGUGGCAAAUCAUUUUACUAUCCCUCAAUGCUGAAGCAACAUCAGAGAAUUCAUUCUGGAGAGAAACCCUACAAGUGUGAAGAAUGUGGCAAAUCCUUUUGCUAUCCUUCAUUCCUUAAGCAACAUCAAAGAAUUCAUUGUGGUGAAAAUCCCUACAAGUAUGAAGAGUGUGACAAAAGAUUUUCCUUUUCUGCAAGCCUUCAGGAACAUAAAAAAGUUCAUACUGGAGAGGAACCAUACAAGUGUGAAGAAUGUCACAAAGCCUUUCGUUUUCACUCAGCUCUUAGGAUACACAAGACAGUUCAUACUGGAGAGAAACCCUACAAGUGUGAAGUGUGUGGCAAAUGUUUUUCCUCAUCUUCAUGCCUCAGACGACAUCAAACAAUCCACUCUGAAGACAACCCUUACAAGUGUGAAGUGUGUGGCAGAUGUUUUUGCUCAUCUUCAUCCCUUAGACGACAUCAAACGUUCCAUUCUGAAGACAACCCCUAUAAGUGUGUAGAAUGUGGCAAAAGAUUUUCCUGUUCUGCAAGCCUUCAGGAACAUCAAACAAUUCAUACUGGAGAGAAACCGUACAAGUGUGAAGAAUGUCACAAAGCCUUUCGGUAUCACUCAGCUCUUAGGAGACACAAGAGAGUUCAUACUAGAGAGAAAUCCUACCAGUGUGAAGAGUGUGGAAAAUGUUUUUCCUCAUCUUCGUGCCUUGAACGACAUCAAGCAAUUCACACUGAAGGUAAUCCCUACAAAUGUGUGGAGUGUGGCAAAGCCUUUGUUAAUCUUUAUAGCCUUACUCGACACAUGAUAGUUCACACAGGAGAGAAAUCCUACAAAUGUCAGAAAAAGUUUACUUCUUCAGACCUUAAGACACAUCAAAUGAUUUAUUCUGAAUAAAACUGAGUAUGUGGAA